AUGGAUAAAUCUAAGCGACUCUUUCUUAAACCCAAACGAUCUUUUCGUAGGCGUUUGCCCCCGAUCCAAUCGGGGGAUCGAAUUGAUUAUAAAAACAUGAGUUUAAUUAGUCGAUUUAUUAGUGAACAAGGAAAAAUAUUAUCUAGACGGGUAAAUAGAUUGACCUUAAAACAACAACGAUUAAUUACGAUUGCUAUAAAACAAGCUCGUAUUUUAUCUUCGUUACCCUUUCUUAAUAAUGAAAAAAAGAUUCUUAAUAAUGAAAAAAAAUUUGAAAAAAUUGAGUCAACCACUAGAACUACUACUACCGGUUAA